AUGUUGGAAGGUGCAUUGGAGGAUUAUCGUUCAAUUUUUGAAAAAGCAAACCAAUUGCAUAUAUAUGACCAGCUAAAAGAACUAAAGGGAAUCUCUUUUGAAAAGUUUCAAACUCUUUGGAGUGAGGUUGAGAGUUUGCAUUUAGAUGAGUUAUUGACCAAAUUCGAAAAUGCGAUCGAACAUAGUCAAAAGCGGAGCAAAUUGACCCCGUCUGACGUCUCUCCGGUACCAAUUAUCUCAACAAUCGAUGAAUCAUGGUAUAAUAUGGGCUUAGAAGAGAUCUCAAAGGGUCGUGUUGCCGCUUUAGUGCUUGCUGGCGGCCAAGGUACAAGACUUGGGUCAAACGAUCCAAAAGGAUGCUUUAAUAUUGGAUUACCUGGAAACAAGACCUUAUUUGAGUUGCAGGCUUUAAAAAUUCAAAGAGCAGAAUAUCUUGCUCAAGAAGCAUACCCUAUGCACAAACAAUCAGCGAAAGUAGUAUGGUAUGUAAUGGUGUCCGACGCAACCAAAGACAUCACCCUUUCUUUUUUUAAAAAAAAUAACUACUUUGGAAUCCAAAAGGAGCGGAUAUUUUUCUUUGAACAAGGAAAAUUGCCUUGCUUAGAUGUCCAAGGGCGAAUUCUUCUUGAGUCCGACUAUACCGUUUCUCAAGCACCCAACGGAAAUGGCGGUGUUUAUGAGGCUUUACAAAGAACGGGCGCACUUGAGCAUAUGAAGCAAUCUGGUAUCGUCCAUGUUACCGCUUAUAGUGUAGAUAAUGUGCUUGCUUUACCGGUGGAUCCCAUCUUUAUUGGCAUGGUUCGCGAGAAAGGAUACCAAGUGGCUAUGAAAGUUGUAGAAAAGAAAGUCGCCGAAGAAAGAGUUGGUUUAGUUGUCUCACAAAACGCACAUCCUUCAGUCGUUGAGUAUUCCGAAAUUUCAGAGGAGGCUUCACGUGCAACAGAAUCGGUGGAUGGGAAAACAUGUUUGCGACUUCGUGCUGCAAAUAUUGCUUAUCAUUAUUUUUCUUUGGACUUUUUAGAACACAUGUCCCACAAUGCUCGAUAUCUUCCUGUACACCUUGCUCUAAAAAAGAUACCAUAUUAUGAUAUUACUCAACACCAAUUCUUCAAGCCAUCAUCUCCUAAUGGAUAUAAGCUUGAAAUGUUUAUUUUUGAUUCUUUUGAGCAGAUUCCUAUUGAAAAAUUCGGUUGUCUACAAGUUUCACGUGACACAUCCUUUAGUCCUCUGAAGAAUUCACAGGAUGCACCUACCGACAAUAGAAGUACCUGCUUAAGGGAUCUUUUUGAUCUUGGAAGGAAAUGGAUUCUACAAAAUGGUGGUAUUUUAGAACAGGGUGAUUGCCCUUUUGUUGCUCCAUCGUUCAGUCUUCAAGGAGAAUCUUUAGAAUACAUUCGAGGAAAGCGUAUAGCAGAAAAUCCUUUAUAUUAA